UUUGUGCCAAAUCAUGGCAGUCUGUUGUCAGGUCGCGCGCCCGAUCCGAUUCCAUUAUGUCCUUGCUCAUUUGGCAUACUCUAGUUUUGCAUGCGUUCCACGCCAAACGGCAAAACGUCACUCAAACCGCCCGCGUCAGCACUCCCUGCCGCAUCUUGGCUUUGUGCCAAAAUCAGUUUAAAUUUUUCCCACAUCCUAUUUAUGUUGAAUGAAAGAAUGAAUGAAAAAUUUGAUUUGUUCUUGUGGUGUUUUAGGUUUUUGUUUGUCCUUUCCAAAUUAUAAGAAUCUUUUAAGUCUUAUGACUUUUACUGGUCUCUACUAGUGUUCAUCAUAUUGCUUUUAACAACAAUUGAGCCUUUUGGAUGUUUUUUUUUCGCAUAGUGAAAGUAUGAUUCCAAUCAAUAUGACUUGGGAAAUAAUGGCCAGAGAGAAUCUUAAUUUCCCUGUACCUUUCCUUGUGUUUUAAUAGGGUUAUGCAUGCAUUUAUUCUUUGAAUCUUGAAUUAGUGGAACGUCAAGUGGGGCAUUGUUUAACAAGUUGUCAUUGCACAAUUUAAUGCCAAGCAUUAAUGAUUUUUCCUUGCAAUGGGGAUCAGCAAUCAAACAUAUGUAUGUGUGUGUAUCAAAUUGGUAACUGACAGUCUUGGCAUGUGACCACCAGACCUAUAAAUAACUUGGCAAAGGUGCUGGAAGAGCCUAAAGGCUGAAAGCUUGAGUCUAGUGAGCUGGGCCUGAGCUCUCUGCAUGCCAUUUCAAAUUCAGUGAAAUGUCAGUUCUUUUUCUGCGUUUUCAAGGAAGAAACUUUUUGUAAAGGAUAGGCUCUACAUCAAACAACAAUUUGUAUCAUCCACAUUCUUUCUUGCAGAGCCUAUUUCAACCAUGGGAGGACACCCGGUGCCCAUUGUGCUAGUCACAAAAGACCACAAAUUUGAGCUUGAUGAAGAAGCUCUUGAAUCAAUAUUGAUGCAGGAUCAUAUAAAGGAUCAUAAUGUUGUCAUUGUGUCUGUUGCCGGUGCAUUUAGAAAAGGAAAAUCAUUCCUGUUAGAUUUCUUCCUGCGUUACAUGAAAUCUCAGCCUUCUCCUGAUUGGAUAGGCACAGAUGACGCUCCUUUAGAUGGAUUUUCGUGGAGAGGUGGAUCGGAAAGAGACACAACGGGCAUUCUUAUGUGGUCAGAAGUGUUUUUGACAGACCUUCCCAAUGGCGAGAAGGUGGCUGUGCUGCUUAUGGACACACAGGGAGCAUUCGACAGUGAGAGCACUGUGAGAGAGUGUGCCACAGUUUUUGCCUUAAGCACUAUGCUUAGCUCUGUCCAAAUCUAUAAUCUAUCUCAAAAUAUUCAAGAAGACGAUUUGCAACACUUGCAACUUUUUACAGAGUAUGGCAGGUUAGCAUUGGCUGACUGUGGCCAGAAGCCUUUCCAGAAGCUUCAGUUUCUUGUGAGGGACUGGAGCUUCCCCUAUGAGGCUGAUUAUGGUCCAGAUGGUGGUCACAAAAUCCUUGAAAGACGUCUGGAGAUCUCAGACAGACAACAUCCAGAACUUCAGUCCCUUCGAAGACACAUAAAAUCCUGCUUCACUGAAAUAUCAUGCUUUCUCAUGCCGCAUCCUGGCCUUACGGUGGCAACAAAUCCUCGUUUUGAUGGAAAACUAGGAGAUAUUGAGUCUGAGUUCAAAAAAUAUUUACAAGUUUUGAUCCCUGGAUUGCUGGCUCCCCAAAAUCUUGUUGUAAAAGAAAUCAGUGGCCAGAAGGUGAGAGCUAAGGAGUUGGUCCAAUACUUCAAAUCUUACAUCGAAAUUUACAAGGGUGAUGAGCUGCCAGAGCCCAAAUCUAUGCUCGUGGCAACUGCAGAAGCCAACAAUUUAUCCGCUGUUGCUGAAGCUAAGGAAAUGUACACUCAACUAAUGGAGUCAGUUUGUGGUGGAUCAAAACCGUACCUCAGUACUGCUCAUCUUGAUUCGGAACAUGAACGUGUGAAGGAUAAAUGUCUUGAACAAUUCCGUUCCAAGCGUAAAAUGGGUGGUGACGAAUUCUCUGAAAAGUAUCGAAACAAAUUAGAGCAGGACUUGGAAGAGACCUACAGCCAAUUUAAAAGCCAUAAUGAAAGCAAGAAUAUAUUCAAAGCUGCUAGGACACCUGCUGUAUUCUUCGCAAUUGCUGUGAUAUUCUAUAUACUGUCUGGUGUCUUUGGUUUGUUUGGCAUCUACUCUAUAGCUAACACUUGUAAUCUCCUUAUGGGUAUUGCAAUGCUUACCCUUGUCACAUGGUUUUAUGUAAGGUACAGUGGAGAGAUGGUUGAGUUUGGAUCUCAAUUAGACGAAUUGGCCAAUUUCCUUUGGGAAAACGUUAUGAAGCCUGUUUACGAACUUUUCAUGGAAACAAGUCUCCAGCGCGCUGCAAUUCUUGCUGCCGAGCGGGCCGCAGCAUCUGCAGUGGGCUCUCCUCAUGUAAAUGGGAAAGUGAAACACUCAUGAUAUGUUCUCAAUAUUCUUAACUAACACGUCUUUUGUGAAUAAUGCCAGCAAGAAAUAAAUUUGUGAUUUGGUGAUCACUCAGUGUUCAUAUUUUAAUAUGUUCUUUUUUACUUAUUUUGCAUCUGGUCUCUCUGAGGCCCUUUCAUUUAAGCGUAAGCCCAUAACUGUUCAACAGACGUGUUAAUUUAAAUUAAUGUCUUGAAUAUUGCAUCAACCUUGUGUUUUUGUGUUGAUACUUUACAAGCUUAAUCAUCAGUUGCUUUUAUUACUUUUUACGUUUUACUGUAAUUGUGGUUUUCAGCAUGAGAGGACUUUCAUGUAAUUCUUGUAACUCUUUCCGAAACUCUGUAUGAAUUAUGUCAUAUAAGUAUUCUGAUCAAAAGUUACUUUACUGAAUGUAUUUUUUUCUCUAGUCUUCAUCAGUGCUGAGGCCCAGAUAAUGUUUCAAUUUUUGUUGUUUUACCUUUACAAAUUUCAUGGGUUUUUAUCUCUAAAUUUGUGUUAGUAUUUUUUUUUUCUAAAUGCAUACUGAAGCAUCAAUGCAAUAUGGCACAUCAGUCUCUUCUACUCAAAAGUUUAAAAUGCCGGUCAUUGGUAAGACAAGUUUAAUGUCUCUUAUCUCUGUACUUUGAUCAUUGCUGGAGUUCAUUAUUGUGAUUUCUAUUUUAGAAUUAAGCAUUUUAAUGUUAGCUGCUCAAAUAUUCUAACUGUCACCAAGUUCAUCUGUGACUAAUAGCAGGUGGAGGUUUCUUUGUUGAUGUUAUUUUGUCUGUUGUUUGUGAAGUUACGGUUUUCUUAAUGUGUAAUGUCCUUUCUCUUCUAUUUAUGUUAUGUAAUUUUACCAUUAAGUUAAAAUGGAUUCUCGUGUGUGCUUUAUUGCUCUCUAAGCUGGCUAUGCAAGAGCUGGUUUCACUGCCAACAGUGACUCACAAGUGAGCUGAAGUUAAAUCACCUUAUUCAGAUGUGAACAAUUUAAUUAACUAGACCAAAACCUCUUUUUAGAAAUACUAUGGCCAUUACUUCAUCUUCUUUUCUUGUUCUUUGAAAGUACAACCAAUUGCUAUCCAGCGUUUUACGACACAUUGGUUUUGUGACAAGUGUUAGUGAGAUGAAUAGCCUGUGAAUGAAGCAGCUGCAUGUUGGGUUAAAUUGAGGAACAUGAGUUUCUUUUGUGCCUUAUUAAGUUCUUUCCUUUGUAUUUCCCUGCUUGAAAUAAUCAUCUUGUCAAGAUUACUGGUUUUUGUUGUUUAGGAUCUUAUAGUGUAUAAUGUUAUUGUGUAUGGAUUUCAUUUGUUGAUUGUGUUUGAGUGCGAUUUAGAAUGUAUGGAUGUGGCCUGAAGAUGUGACAAUUUACAUUUUAAGUUUCAGCCUCUGAAUUUGGUUAUGUUCAUUCUUGUUACGAAUUUUUAUUUUAAUCAAACUGAAACUUUCUUGAAGCACACUUGAUGACCUUAGGUCAAAUGAGUGUUGGUUUUCCUGAGUGGAAAUGAGUAUUGUAAAUUAUGAUGAUUGCAUCAUUUCUGUAUGAAUUAUUAAAUUUCACACUAAAACAAUUGUAAUACCUCCUGUGCUUAAUCCUUUUCAAGGGUGUGGCGCCAUGUAAUAUUAUCUUUUAAAGUGAUUCAUGACUCACUCAUGUUAGGUGUGAUAAUUGUGGGUUGAUUUUGUGUAUUCAAGUUGGACAUUAUUGCAAACACUAAGUUUACUUCAUCAUACAUUAGCUGCAAAUAAAACUGGUCUGCUUUAAGUGAGCCAGAUUCAUAUACUUAUUUGUAAAUACUAAAUUAUUUUCCAAGAUGUGGAGCUGAUUUUAUUCGAAAGAGGCCUAUUUAUUAUAUGCUAUGGAGAUGCAUUUGGAGAUGGUUAGAUUGUUUUAGGGUUGUCUUCGUUGUUCUGUUUUGUUUUUACUUGUUUUGCACUUAGGUGCUCUUUUGACUUGUACCUUCUUAACAUUGUGAUAGCAUUCAAGGACCAAUAGGAAACGUACGUGGAAGCAAAGCAAAUCAGUUUUAUUUGUUGGUACUGCAGCUUUUGUAUUUAGUCGCAUCCUCAUUUCCUGUCUGAAGGUGCUCCAUGGCCUAUAGCUGUGGAAGUUUUGGGUUUUUGUUUCAUAAAUCUCUCAUUUCUUGUGCCAGUUUAAAGUGUAUUUAUUGUGUUACUCAUAUCAGAAAUUUGAACAUGGGCAGCUAAAGCAAUGUAAAAUUUACAUGAAAUCACAAUUUUCAGACUAUAGUAAGUUUUUAAAAAUAGCCUUCACAUCUUGUAAGUGUAAUUAUUAACAUGUAUUCUUGUAUCAGUUGUGUUCUAAACUCUCCUUAAAUUUCAAUCUUUCAGUUUUUGUAAUGAAAUUUUUCCCUUUACCUGUGACUUUAAAUUUUAAGCGUAUCACUGCAUUUCAAGCACAAUUUCUUUUCGAUACAGUAUUUUUGCAAGUUUAUUUGCAGUCUCAAAAUUUUGUCUUCUAUGCUUAAACUGUACACUUGUACAUCUUAGUACUAAGGCUAAAUGUAAUUCAAGUCUUUUUUUGUAAAUAAGUAUUCUGGAAAAAUGUUGGCUCACUUUUGGAAAUAGUGACGUAAUGUUUAUAAUUCUGUCAUGCCCGUCCAGCAUGUUUGUUGUGCCAUAUACAUGGGUUGUAGGCAAUAUAAACUGGAAGAAUACGAUGUGAAGGCUUUUGUUUUAUUUUGUGAUAACAUGUUGCCAAUUGUAUAGCCCUGUAACCAUCAAAUGUCUAACGAAAAUACAUAUUUUUCUAGCACA